AUGGAAAAACAAUGCCCCGUGUGUUAUUUCAAUUUACCGGAUCCUGAAUCAACGAUAGCUCCAUAUGAUACGGAGUUAAAUUAUUUCAUGUGGGGCCCAGGUUUUGAAUGGCAACCAGAACCUGAGGUAAAGCAAAUAUCAGUUGAAGAGGAAAAUUAUGAAGAGUCUGAAGAGUCAGAAGAAUCAGUUAUAGAGUUAGAAGAACUAGGUGAUAAGGUUGAUUCAAGUGAGGCCAAAACAUUUUUUAAUGAAAAGAGUAGCAGUGGAAAAAUAAGCAUUCAGGAUGCUUCUUAUAAUGCUAGAAGAUUGGGUUUAGCUCCAUCAAGCACUGAUGAAAAGAAAAUUAAAGAGUUAUAUGGGGAGAACAUAACAUAUGAACAAUACUUGGAGUAUAUAGCCAUGUGUGUCCAUGAAAAUGAUAAUAUUGAUGAACUAAUUAAAAUGUUUGCACACUUUGAUAAUAAUGCAGAUGGAUACUUAACCAAAUAUCAAAUGAGGCAUAUUUUAACUACUUGGGGAGAUGCUUUAAGUGAGCAAGAGGCAAAUGACGCCUUAAAUGCAUUCUCAAAAGAUGACAAAAUUAACUAUAGAAUGUUCUGUGAGGAUAUUUUGCAAUAG